AUGGCCAAUUUCCAGAUAACUCCCCGCGCAGCGUUCGUGGAGAGCAAUGAGCUCAACUUCCGCAGCCUGUACCUUUUCCACACUCCCCUUGGUUCAAACCAGAAUCAGUCAGGCAUAAUAGACUCGAAUGUUACUACCGGUUUGGGUGCGACAGUCGUUAACAACUGGCCGAUAUGUGAUGGCCCUAGCCCCGGCGCCACCGUUAUUGCGCGUGCACAAGGCCUGCAUAUCUAUGCCGGUAACUGGCAGAAUACUUUCAGCAUAACAUUCGAGGUUGAAAGGUUUAAGGGAUCAACGCUUCAAGUGAUGGGGAUAUCCGUCGAAGAAGGUGAGUGGGCUAUUGUUGGUGGGACAGGACAGUUCGCUAUGGCGAUCGGUGUCAUCUACAAAAAGUUCCAUGAACAAAGGAGCGAUGGUAACAUCAUAGAACUCACUGUCCAUGGAUUUUGUCCCAUGCUGAAAGGUUCACAGAGCCUUCGCACAAAGGUUGGACCAUGGGGUGGAAAUGGAGGCUCAGAUAAAGACAUCGUCGAGGCACCAAGACGUCUAGAGAGCAUCACAGUUAGCAGCGGCACUAUCAUUGAUUCAAUCAAAUUUUCUUAUGUCGACCAAGCUGGUCAGAAGCGCACUGUUGGACCCUGGGGAGGUUCUGGAGGAAAACAAAAUACGUUCGUACUCGGCACUUCUGAGUUUGUGAAGGAAGUUUCUGGAACAUUCGGCCUUUAUGGCAGAGACAACCACAACAUAAUAACAUCACUGAAAUUUGUCACCAACGUGAAGACAUACGGGCCUUUCGGACAAGCGAAGGGAACCACUUUCACCAUACCAGUGCAAAAGAAUAGCAGCAUCGUGGGCUUCUUCGGACGCAGUGGGAUAUAUCUCGAUGCACUUGGUGUCUACGUGCACCCUCUCUAA